AUGGCAGCUUGGAAUGGUAUGAUGAGCAAAAGCAGUGGCUUUGGUGUUGGGGGUUCAAGUGAAGUGUUUGAAGAAGAAAAAGAAGUGUGGGGUGUUGUGCAGGAAAGGAGCUACUCCAACUCUGCACAGAAGUCCUACUCCUCUGGUUCUUCUUCUGCAUGGCGCCCCUCUACAGCUCCAAGAAGCAUCCCAAGGGCAAAUAACAACACUCCAAGUACUCAUGAAGCCAAAGUGGUUCAGAAAUCAGCUCCUCUCAACAUUCAUGAUUGGUCUAAGAUUUAUGGGAAAAGUUCUAGUGAUGUCAAGAUUAAUGGUUCAUGGGUCACUAAUGAAGAUGACCAUGAUGGCAUUGAUGGGAAUGUUCAUUUCAAUGGUGAAGAAGAAGAUGAUGAUGAUAUGGUGCCUCCACAUGAAUGGAUGGCCAGAAAGCUAGCAAGAAGCCAGAUUUCAUCUUUCUCAGUCUGUGAAGGUAUUGGAAGGACACUCAAAGGAAGAGACCUCAAUAAUGUAAGGAAUACUAUUUUGACAAAAACUGGUUUCUUAGAGUAA